AUGCCUCCUUCUUCCCAAGCCGACGACAAACGCCAAGCAGCCCGCGAGGUCAUUGACAUUCUUCACGAGAUUUCUACCUUGCUGAACACCCAUCUGGACCGAACAGAACUCUCGCUCUGUGUCUCGCUGAUUGAGAAUGGGGUGAAUCCAGAGGCUUUGGCCGCUGUGAUCAAGGACUUGCGGAAGGAAACCGGUGCUGCUUCGAGGGGGCUGGCUGAGCAGGCACAGCAGUAUGAGUGA